GCUGCAUUCAUAGUCGGAUAGCAUCAUCCCCUUUCCAAGAUCUCUCGCCCCCGUAGAAAGAAAUCGCCCCCGAACAAAAGCGCGAGAGAAGGGAAACCCUAUCCUUCCUCGUUCGCCAUUGUCGAUCCUUCUCCACCUCCGGCGUUCUCCGCUAGGGAGGAGGACGAGGAGGAGGAGGAAGAGGAGGAGGAAGAGAUGUCGUCCACAUCGGGGCAACAACAAUUCCGGUACACGCAGACGCCAUCGAAGGUGCUACACCUUCGGAACCUGCCGUGGGAGUGCACCGAGGAGGAGCUUGUCGAGCUCUGCAAACCCUUCGGCAAGAUCGUCAACACCAAGUGCAACGUCGGCGCCAACCGCAACCAGGCCUUCGUCGAGUUUGUGGAUCUUAACCAAGCUAUUUCGAUGGUUUCCUAUUAUGCUUCAUCAUCUGAGCCUGCUCAAGUCCGUGGAAAAACUGUGUAUAUUCAGUACUCGAACAGGCAGGAAAUUACAAAUAAUAAAAGCACUGGAGACGUUGCUGGCAAUGUCCUUCUCGUUACUAUUGAAGGUGUUCAAGCUGGUGAUGUUAGCAUAGAAGUUAUUCAUUUGGUAUUCUCUGCCUUCGGCUUUGUGCACAAAAUUGCUACCUUUGAAAAGGCUGCUGGUUUUCAGGCCCUAAUCCAAUACAGUGAUGCAGCGACUGCUUCGGAAGCUAGAAAUGCUUUGGAUGGAAGAAGCAUUCCAAGGUAUUUGCUUCCAGAACAUGUUACUUCUUGCCACCUGCGCAUCUCAUUUUCCGCUCACACAGAUUUGAAUAUCAAGUUCCAAUCUCACCGUAGCAGGGACUACACAAACCCUUAUCUCCCUGUGAACCCUUCAGCAAUAGAGGGAACUGUACAGCCUAUAGUAGGUCCUGAUGGGAAGAAAAAAGAGCCUGAGAGCAAUGUGCUUUUAGCAUCUAUUGAAAAUAUGCAAUAUGCUGUCACAGUUGAUGUUCUUCACACUGUUUUCUCUGCAUUUGGCACUGUCCAAAAAAUUGCCAUUUUUGAGAAAAAUGGUGGAAUGCAGGCUUUGAUUCAGUAUCCCGAUGUGACGACAGCGGCUGUUGCUAAAGAAGCUUUGGAGGGACACUGCAUCUAUGAUGGUGGUUAUUGUAAGCUUCACCUGACAUACUCUCGUCAUACUGAUCUGAAUGUAAAGGCACAUAACGAUAGAAGCAGAGAUUACACUAUUUCGGACUCGGGCAUACUAUCAGUUCCGCAAGCUCAAGGCUUGCCUGGUGUUCCUACCGCCAGCUGGCAAAGUAAUCCUCUGGCGGCGUCAGUGUAUGGCGGCAAUGAAUUUGCAGCCGGUGCUCCAUUGGCAAUCCCUAACGGGCAAAUGCCGGCUUGGGAUCCUACUAGCAUGCCGGGGGGAGCCUAUGGAGCGACUACAAGCUCGUACCCUGCUGGCCAAACAUAUGCACCACCACCUGUUUCCCAGUUUCCAUCCACUGCGGCCGUUUCGCAGCCGAUGCCUCCUUACGGGGCUCCUCCCAAUGCACGGCCUCCUGCAACAUCCUCGGGUCAGCCUGCUUACUACUCUUCAUGAACUGUUUAACGUCCUUUGUUAUUUUCAACAUCACAAAAGUGCUACAUGAAAGUCUUCUCUGAGGGGGAGUUUAUUAGUAGUAACUUGUGAUUUUCUUGUGUUUACAAUGAUUUGUUCUUGUUAGUUGAUACACCUAAGUACAAUUCCUCCUCGUUCUUACCCAGUGUGAGACAUCAAGACCGGGUGUGUCUUGCUAUGUGCUGUUUCACCUUUAGCUUUGAAACACUGGAUUUGUUAUUUCGUAGUUUGUUAUCCUUGGUAACGCUGAAAAUUAGUGCGCUUUGUUAUAA